AUGCUGAUGGUGGCAGCAGAGAGACGUUCAAUCGCUAACAUAUUGUUGGUGUUAUCUCCUGUGUGGGCAAUAGAAGCUCAGAGGAAAAAACACCACGUAGAUGGCGGCCGCCGACAAAUCCAUAACCACCACCGAACAUCCAGAAGCACAAUU